AUGAUGGAGGUCACAGGCGACGCUGGCGCGGCCCGACGGCCGCCGCGGGACAAGCCUCUCCACCAGUUUACGAUGCACUUCCUGAGCACGCUGAACACGAUCAAUGCGAACUACUACCGCAAGCACCACCCCAAGCCCAUCGAUGGGUCUUCCAGUAAGAAGAAGAAGACGAAGGUGAAGCAGCAGAUGCAGACGCCAGCGCCUGCUAACUACGUCUUCUCGACCACUGGCGACGAGAUGUUCCACAAUGGCCGCUACCUCGUGUGCGGGCGGAAACUGGGCGCGGGAUCCUUCGGACAAGUUGUGGAAGCGCAGGAUCUCGUGACGAAUGAAGCAGUGGCUAUCAAGAUUGUGCAGAAGAAACAGCAGUACACGGACCAGGCGCAGAUUGAGAUUGACAUUCUGCAGCGGCUGCACCGUCCGCGACAACUGGAUGCUACCAACCACAUUGUGAGGUUGGUGGACGCGUUUAUGCACCAGGAGCAUCAGUGUCUGGUGUUUGAGCGACUGGGACCGAAUCUCUUUGACGUUCUGCGUGGUACCAACUUUAACGGCGUUAGUCUCAAGCUGUUACGGAAGUUUACGCGGCAGAUCUUGAAGGCGCUGGAGUACAUGCGACACCCGAAUGUGAGCGUGAUCCAUUGCGACCUGAAGCCGGAGAACAUUUUGCUGGUUUCGCACGGUCAUAGCUCUUUGAAGCUCAUUGACUUUGGUAGUUCGUGUCUGUCACAGAACCAGAUUCACCGGUAUACGCAAAGUCGUUUCUAUCGCGCGCCUGAAGUGCUGCUAGGUAUGCGAUACACUGCUGCAAUUGAUAUGUGGAGCCUCGGCUGCAUUUUGGUUGAGAUGCACACUGGCAAGCCCUUAUUUUGCGGCUACGACUCGGCAGACCAGCUACAUCGAAUUAUCAACGUGCUCGGCAUGCCGCCGCGUGAGCUGUUGAACCGGGCAAACCCCCGGUACCGGAGCGUCUACUUUGAUGAAAUCGUGAUCUGCGAAGGCGACAUCAAGUGUGUUGAUUAUCGUCUGAGAGUGCACAAGGUCGUGCCGCCAAAGGGUAUUGAUGUGAUACCUGAGACAUGUAAGACCUUAGCAGAGAUUCUUGCGAGUGCUGACAAGUACGGGACGCCUAACCAUGGUCCGGAGCAGUAUCCAGCGUUCCAUGACCUUGUGAUGCGCAUGCUGGAUUUUAACCCCGACACACGAAUUUCCCCGACCGAGGCAUUGCAGCACCCGUUUCUGAUGGGCAUGCGUUCGAUGCAAGUGGAUGAACCGAUGGAGUCGCCAGCAGCACAAGUUGACUUCAAGUUCAGGCGGGCAUCAACGACGCACGACAUUCAUAGUCGCAACGCCGAGCCGCUAAACCGUGCGAAGAGGCGUCGCUUUGUUGGCACGUCGGCGCGUGAGCCAUGA